AUGGCGGCGCUGGCCGCGAGCCGCCGCCUCCUCCUCCUCCUGCUCCGGCCGGAGCCGGAGCCGUGCCUGCGCUCCCGCGCCCUUAACCCCUAUUCCGCCGGCCGGGCGAGGCGGGCGGGCGGCGUCCGGCGCGCGCCUCCGCUGGUGAGCUGCCGGCGAGGUUUCUCCGACGAGGGGGGCGCGUACGCCGCGAAGAGCAAUGCUCCGGACGAGCAGUUCCUGCGGCUCUCGUUGGACGAGGGAGAAGGCGAUGGCGUAGUGCGUGGAAUCAGCGAAAGUGUGGUGAAGGAUGCGAAGAAGAGCGCCAUCGAGCUGCUUGCUGUCAGAGCAUUCAGUGUUUCUGAGCUCAGGAAGAAACUAUGUGCUAAGAAUUAUUCUGUCGAUACAGUCGAUACUGUGAUUGCUGAUUUCAAGGCAAGGGGUCUGUUGAAUGACAGUUAUUAUGCGGAAUCAUUUUCACGAUCCCGGUGGCAAUCAUCAACUUGGGGUCCAAGGCGUAUAAAGCAGGCGCUUCGCCAGAAAGGGGUGCCAGAUGCCGAAGUGGACCAGGCGACGAGGAGCGUGUUCCAGGACGACCGUGGUGACGAAGACCAGGCCUCACAUGGCCUCUCAGAAGCUUCCAUGGAUCAUCUCUUGGUUCAGGCCGCGAAGCAGUGGGUGCGAGGGAGCAGCUUGCCCCUGGAGAAGCGGCGUGCGCGCAUCGUGAGGUGGCUUCAGUACAGAGGGUUCAGCUGGGGCGUGACCAACUCCAUUAUCAGGAAGCUGGAGGCGCAGCACCCUCCCUGA